AAUAAAACAAAAAAUACAGCACAGUAUCUCAAGCUCAGUUCAGAGGCUUUUGUAUUUCCACUUCCAGCUAGAUAAAACGCUAUAGUCUUCUCGAGCAAGGUCAGUAUCGAGCGACUUUUAUCUCGGCCUGUUGUGUCAAGCCAGCCAUGGGCAAGCUAGAUGUGUCCGCACUGCGCUACAUGUCCAAAGAUGACUUCAGAGUACUCGCAGCGGUGGAGAAAGGCAUGCGUAAUCAUGCCAUUGUACCCAGUGGCCUCGUCUCCAGCCAUGCCAAACUCAAGCAUGGUGGCUGCCCGAAGAUCCUGCGCGAUCUAGUGCACAAACGUCUACUUUUCUACAGCCAUGGGAAGAAAGGCGAGGGAUAUCGUCUGACGUUCACUGGCUAUGAUUUCCUGGCGCUGAAGAAUCUUGUCAGCCGGGGGAAAAUCUACUCCGUUGGUGAGCAGAUCGGGAUUGGAAAGGAAUCAGACAUCUACAUCGUAGCUAACGAGCAAGGCGAUCAAUACGCUCUAAAAAUUCACCGACUCGGCCGUACGUCGUUUCGCCAGUUGAAGAACAAACGUGACUACCACGGUCACAAGAGCCACCUACCCUGGCAUUACCUGUCACAUCUCUCGGCUGUUAAAGAGUAUGCGUAUAUGAAGGCGCUACACAAUCGCGGGUUUCCUGUUCCGGAGCCAAUCGACUUCAAUCGCCAUUGUGUUGUAAUGGAGCUGGUCGACGGGUUUCCUCUUUUACAGGUUAAUGAAAUGCAUCAGCCGGAGGAGAGGUACGAGACUCUGAUGAAACUGCUGCUACGUCUGGGCUCAGUGGGUCUCAUUCAUGGCGACUUCAACGAAUUCAACUUGAUGAUCAACGAAGCCGGCAAGAUAACACUUAUCGACUUCCCGCAGAUGGUGUCCACGUCCCAUCUGAACGCUGAAUGGUACUUUGAUCGCGAUGUGCAGUGUGUGCGGGAUUUCUUCGAGAAACGAUAUGAAUUCACCAGCGAGGAGUGGGCAAAGUUCUCCGACAUAGACAAGGAUAGCAGUUUGGACGUGGAGGUUGCAGCGAGUGGCUUCACGAAGGACUCCCAGUCGAAACUUGAAGAGGCAUCCAAGUCUCUAGGAGUGCUCCAGGGCGGCGAGGGAACGGAAAACCCUGAUAUCACGACGACGGCAGCUGGUGAGGAGGAGGGCAGUGGCAGCGGUGAAGAUGAUGAGGAUGACAAUGAGGAGGAUGACAAUGAGGAGGAUGACAAUGAGGAGGCAGAGGCAGAGGAUGUGAGUGCAGAUGAGGAGGAGAGCUCUGCCCACGCCGGGGCGGCUUCAGGUGUGCGCACGCGUGGUGAGUCAACGUCUGCGACCUCAUCACUCACUGGAGAAGAGCAUAGCGAUCACAACAACACCACCAGUGCGUCUGACGGCGAAGAAGACGAUGACGACGACGACGAGGAGGAUGAUGAAGACAUGGAAGCGGUCGACAACCACGCGUAUCGUCCUCACCGCGAUUGGCCGAAACGCGAGCCCAAACCGACCGUGGUCCACCUGGCCAAGCCGCGCGGCCAGAUUGCCGAGAGCACGAUACGCCAGCGUGUGCGAGACGAGGCGGCCAGGCGGCAGCACAAGCAAACGCGCAGAAAUCAGCGCAAGGACGGGAAGGCAAGCGGCGGUCGGCGAAAGGAGGGCACACGGAAGAAGCGCGUAUCAGAUAACGUUGCGCUCUUCUAGCACCUGGACAUGUCCAAAGCGACGAGGAGACAAUAACUAGAACGCACCCUGACUGUUAUAUUCGGGGAAGUCUCGUUAUACCGUACAUGAAAUCUUAGGCGAUAAAUAGUAUAAGCGAAGCGGACAUUACGAAAUGAUCAAUGGGAAUACAUGUAUGUUCAAAUUGAUGUUCCGAUUCGCUUAUACUAUUUAUCGCCAGAUUACUGGUGUUUGUCUUGUUGUCCAUUUCUUGUCGUGUUGUUGUCCAUUGUUUUGUUGUCCGUCUCAUGUCCUGCAAUACCAACCCCGUCACCGUGCAGCAUGGCACGAGGACUACCGUCUACGAUCUGUUCUUCAACUCGCGUGUCCACGUGUGUGUGUGUGUGCUCUGCAUCCUGGAUCUAUCCCAGGCUAGUAGUACUUGUAUUAGACUAUCUGUGCAAUUCGUUUUGCCUGUACAAGAGGCUUUAUCAGUCUGUCCGAAA